CGCGUUUCCGUCGCAGUCCGGGAGCACGCUUCGCGUUUCUCUCCGCCGACGGCGUUCCCUCGCGCGACGUGUCGCCGGUCCCGCGAUCCCGGUCUCCUCGACCACGUGAAAGUUAAAAGCUCAAAGCUCCACCGUUGAUCUACACCCUCGCUCCUAUAUUUGCCCCAGCCCAGUUGCUUUAGAUUUCUCGCAAGUGUAAAAGUACAUGUUCGAACAUAAGUGCGACAUUCUUCUUCAAUCGGAGAUUCAAAGCGGUGAACGUGAACCGAAACAAUCAAACUCUUUAUCCCGAAGUUUCAAGUGGUUUAUGCGAGUUCGUUUCUUGAUGAGAAAAGUUAUUCCGUGACCCUCUGAGUUUAAGAUAUUUUUCUCACGCUGUAAUUAAAGCCCGUUUAGUGAUAACUUUUACGAGUCAAUCUAAAAACAGACGUUAGAUGCAGUGCGUUUCCGUCAUCAGGUUUUGGUAACUUUAUCAACAAUUCUAGCGUUUCUCAAUGCAGCUCUUUAUACAUCCAUAAAGCUAUUUCAGGUGUAUGGAUGACCGCAGCCCAUUUUGACGACCCCCGCACCAAAUGCAUACCUGUUUGAUUCAGGGCCGAGCAAAAAAUAAAAUUAUAUCCAAAAAAUGGGACGAUAUAGCCACCCGAGACACCAAAAAACCAAGGAAAGAUCAUCACAGGGAAAUUAGAUGAACCCUUUGCAGUACUAACGUGACGCAUCCUUCUUCAAGAAAGGAUAAGAUUGUCGUCAACGUUCCCGUUGUUCUAAAUUCCUUCAUCAAUGCGUCCAUUUGAGUGAGGUGACAAGUGAUGAAAAAAGGGUCAUUCUCGUGCGCGGAACAUUCGUCCGGAAGAGAGUGCAAAAGGUGAUGGGCGGCGGAAAAUAAGCACCUGCGGCGAGCGAGAAAGUUGCGUGCGGUGCCAGGAUGAACGUCUACGAGCUGGAGGCGAUCAUGACGAGUUACUGGGAACUGAACCGUCACCUGAACCUGAGCUGCGGCUGCGUGGCCGCGGGGAACUGCUCGGAGCAGCUCUGGGAGCUGUGCCACCACAACUGGUCGUCGACGGAGAUCGCCGAGGAUCUCUUCAACUCGACGCGCAACGACCUCAUCACGAGCCCCAUCGUCCAGGCCAUCUUCUACCUCGUCUACAUCACCAUCUUCGUGCUCGGCGUCUUCGGCAACGUCCUCGUCUGCUUCGUCGUCGCCCGCAACAAGGCCAUGCACACCGUCACCAACCUCUUCAUCACCAACCUGGCACUCUCGGAUAUUCUCCUCUGCGUCCUCGCCGUACCCUUCACUCCGCUCUACUCCUUCGUCGGUCGUUGGGUGUUCGGGCAAGCCCUAUGCCACCUGGUCUCCUACGCGCAAGGGACGAGCGUCUACGUUUCGACGCUGACCCUGACGGCGAUCGCGAUCGACCGGUUCUUCGUGAUCAUCUACCCGUUCAAACCGCGGAUGAAACUCGUCACGUGCCUGAGCAUCAUCAUCGGGAUCUGGAUCUUCUCGCUCCUGGUCACGCUCCCCUACGGCUGGUACAUGCACCACAAGCAGCUCGGCUCCCGCUACUACUGCGAGGAAACGUGGCCUAACGAGAGUGUUAGACAGAUGUACGGUGGCCUGACAGCCUCCUUGCAGUUCGUGGUGCCGUUCUGCGUGAUCGCGUUCUGCUACGUGAAGGUCUCGGUGAAGCUGAACGACCGGGCGCGCUCGAAGCCGGGGGCGAAGAACACGCGGAAGGAGGAGCUGGACCGGGAGCGGAAGCGGCGGACGAACCGGAUGUUGAUCGCCAUGGUCACCAUCUUCGGGGUCUCGUGGCUCCCGCUCAACCUCAUCAACCUCAUCAACGACAUCCACAUCCCGACCGGCUCCUGGCGCUUCUACUACGUCAGCUUCUUCACCUGCCACGCCGUCGCCAUGAGCUCCACCUGCUACAACCCCUUCCUCUACGCCUGGCUCAACGAUAACUUCCGCAAGGAGUUCAAACAGGUGCUGCCGUGCUUCAACACGUCGAUGCACGUGAGCCUCGGCGGGUGGCGCUCCGAGAGGACGUGCAACGGGAACAACGAAACCUGCCAAGAGACGCUCCUCCCCACCAGCGUCGUCAUCUCCAGCCAGCCCAACACCAAGUCUCACCAGUCAUCCAUAAUCAACGAGACAGAGGAUUGGGCGAAUAAAAAUGCGGACAACGUAGAAAUUAUGUUGGUGGCGUACUCGGCCAGCGAGGAAAACGUCAAUACGUCACUGACGAAAAUCCAACAUCCGGCUCAGCACCAACAUAAUUCCUCGAAUCCUGUCUCACAUUUGAACAGUGUUAACAAUGUACAGGCACUCUAAUUUUACCUUCUGUAGGAGGACUCAAAUCCCCAAAUGGUGAGAUCAUCCUCACUUCUGUGAUGAGAAUGCAGAUUUGAAACGAGAGGUUUUUCAAAAUAUUUGGAAACCUGGGCGUAAAAAAAUUGCGCAGCCUUUAACGAAAGGAAAGAUAUUUUUAAGUGAGGUAUUUUUUGAAAAGAAAAAUAAUCUUUCUUUUUUUAAAAUAUUUGUUUUGUACAGAUGCAGUCAGGCACGGUAUUGAUGUUAACUUACAAAAUUUCCCCGUAUCUUUCAUCUUUUGUACUUUUCUCUGAUUCUCUAUGAUACUUUUUAAUUAUUCUGAGGCUCAAAACAUAAAAUCUCACUUCUCCAUUUUUAGCCAUCUCCAGUUUCAGUAUUGUAAUGAAAAAGUUGAAUAUAUAUGUUUGAUGGUUGAAUGUUGACUUACAAAGUAUUUGAUCUCAUUACACUAGCUCAGCUAUGACAGCAAGAUUUAUCAUUCUUUUUCCUCGGCUAAUUUUGAGAUGAAUUUCCUAGAUGUCAUUAUCUGGUAUGAAAAACGCUUUACAUCAGCGCCUAAAAAUCUUUACAAAGUGAUGUGAUUUUAAGAAUUGUUUGGAAAAGUUAAGUCAGAAAUGAUCAACUCUGCGACCAACGAUUGCGAAGUUUUCAAAUAUGCCAUAAAACUUAGUAGUCUUGAACGAUAAAAUGUAUCUGAUUAUCGGAUGUUCACAUGUAGUAAGAUCAUCAGGAUAAACAGUACUAACAAAUGAAAAGACAACUAAAGUCCAUGUACACUGAACAAAAAUGUUAGCUGGCAUGUCGUUAGCAGAGUAGGAGUACACGAAAAGGCAGAAAAAACAAAUUGUUUGACUAUUGCUCACUUUCUGAAUUUUCUUCGGAGAAGCACUAAGCUUACGUAGUUUUUACUAUUUUUGGUGAUGUCUGUAUUUUUCUAAUGAGUUUGAUUCUGGAACGAUGAAAUUUAUAACAUUUUCUUUUGAAAAGAAACAUUGAAUCUGCAAGGUAUCGACUCAGCUGUCAUGCUUUAUUUAUUCCCCAGAGCAAGAAUACAAGAAUGCCCAUGAAUAGUUUCAAACUACAAGUUAUUAGAAUUAAUGGAACAUUUUUUUACGUUGACUAGGCAAAAUAAAUUUUUUAUCCUUGUUGUAAAUAAUGUUUUUAAUGCUUGAGAUUUUUGUUACUCUAUCGAUUCUUAGAUGUUGAUCAAUUGUAUAUUUUAUGGAAUUAUUAGUAGAUUAUUAAAUGCUAUUGUAGAUUGUUUACAAUAAAACUUUGUAAAAGUCA